CCUUGGAGAUCAUUUCUCGCGCAGCAUUGCAAGUGCAAGCACUCGUCGGUUAAAUCAAAUAUUAUAUAGGAAUAUAGUUGAUUCGAGGCUGUGAACAGAAACCGAGUAAUUUGUGACUGUGCUUUUUAAUAAAGACCUGCAUUCAUUAAUUGAGCAAUCAAUUUCAAGAGCAGCCCAAUUAAGAAAUAUAGUGACAGUUCCAUUAUCCGCUAGGAUGUCUAAAACAAAUAUUGAAGAUACUGAUCCAAAAAAAAUCAAAGAUUUGGAAAACGACGGGCAUGGGGGUGAGGAGGAUGGAAACUCAGAUAGCACCACGGAGGCGGAUGCGAAGCCCACCAAGGAGGGGGAGGAGAGUCUUGCUACCUUCGACAAGGCCAUUGAAGGAGCAGGCUUUGGCCUCUUCAAUCUGAUACUGCUUUUUGUGUCCAUUCCCGCCCAGAGUGCGGCCAUCUUUGAGUCCAGCUCCAUGUCCUACAUCCUGCCCGUGGCCGAGUGCGAUCUUCGGCUGACCCUGGAAGACAAAGGUGUCCUGAACGCUGUGGCCUACGCCGGCAUGACUAUUUCGGCCGUGAUCUGGGGAUACCUCGCAGAUACCAAGGGCCGCAAGAAGAUCCUAUACUGGGGCUACCUCAUAGAUGCGGUGUGUGUUUUCGGGUCAGCCUUGAGUCAGAACUUCAUAAUGCUGGUGGUGUUCAAGUUCCUUGGUGGCUUGGUGGUAAAUGGUCCAGCGGCAGUUCUCUUCACGUACAUCACUGAAAUGCACGGACCCAAGCACCGAUCUUCGGUUCUAAUGAUUAUUGGAAUGGUCACGUCUACGGCCACUGUGUCCCUACCCCUUCUGGCCUGGGGCAUCUUCCCACGGGAAUGGGACUUUGAGGUCCUGGGAUUGAGGAUCCACAGCUGGCAAAUUUACCUGUUUGUGUUGGGUAUUCCAAGUUUGGUCAGUGGCCUGAUUUUUUGUGUCAUGCCGGAGAGUCCCCGCUUCUUGAUGGCCCAAGGUCGGAACGAGGAAGCGCUUAAGGCAUUUAAGCACAUCUACUAUGUAAACACAAGGAAGCCAAAAGAAACCUAUCCAUUCAAAGCCCUGGUCCAGGAGGUACCGAACCGAAAGUCUGAAAAGGGCGAGGCCAUCUACACCAUUGAGGAAAAAUCGAAGGAAGUGCCGGCUACCAAAAAGCAAUCCCGCACUCUUGCCGAGAGCCUGCGCUCCGGCUUGCAGCAGAUGAAGCCUCUGGUCAGGAAACCUCUCCUCUCGCUGUCUCUAUGCUGCUACAUCAUGCAGUUCGGCAUCUUCCUCGGCAUGAACACCAUCCGGCUGUGGCUGCCCCAGCUCUUUGCCUCCAUGGCCGAGUUCGAGGCUCUGAACGCGGGGAAGGGCGUGGACGCUAGCAUGUGCACCAUUCUGGAGUUCAGUGUGAAUCGCACGGCGGAAACUUCCUUGAAUUACGCCGAUGCCUGCUCUGAGCCCAAAGAAAUCUCCAUGGAUAUGUACAUAAACAAUAUUAUAGUAUCCGCCACAGGAUUUGUAGGAUACUUCUUUGCUGGAGGAAUAAUCCGCGCCUUGGGACCCAAGCGAAUGAUGACCUAUGGACUGUUUCUCUCGGGAACCUUUGGCCUCCUGCUCUACUUCUCAGUUAGCAGUCUAAUGACCCUGAUUAUUUCGGCCACUUUCUUGACCAUUUGCGGCAUUGCAGUCUCUUCGCUUUUGGGAGCUGUUGUGGCUCUCUUCCCCACCCAAUUAAGAACCGUUGUGGUGGCCAUUGCCAUGAUGUGCGGACGGUUUGGAGCGCUUUCCGGAAAUCUCCUGUUUCCGGUUUUCAUUCAGAUUGGGUGCCUGCCUCCAUUUAUUAUGGUUUCUUCAGUUCUGAUACUGGCGGGUGUCCUUUCCAUCCUUGUGCCCAAUCCUGCAAAGGCCACAUUCUCCUAAACUGAUUCUUGGGUAGAAAUCUCACUGAAACCGGAAGAUCUUGAGACAUUAGCUGUACAAAUUAGUGAUAACGAGGUAACUGAAUGGAUAAGUUGUAGAACUUAGUAACGACAAUAGAUGUUGGAAGAACUAUUUAUGUAGCAUACCUUAAGCAAUCUUAAGCAAUCAAACCAAAUAUAUCUCUAUGGUUGUACAUACAUACAUAA